GGGGAGAGAGAGGCCGCUGGAGGAGCAGAGGGAGAAAGAGAGGGGGAUAGAGAGAUAGAGGGUGAGAGAGAGAGAGUCCAAGCCCAAAUAAAGUCAUGGGGGCCGGGGCUGGGCUGGGCCCCUCAUUGCUAUAAAUACGCUGGCCGCCUGGAGGUUCGGGUUUGGUGGUUGGGGCUUGGGACCAGCGACCACCUCUGCUGCUGCAGUCUUCAUCAGGAGUGUCUCCUCUUUGUACUCCUCAUCCUCUUCAACCUCACUCUGGUCAUCAUUACUCUGGGCAGCCAAGAUGCCUCGCGUGGAUUCAGACCUCAAGCUGGACUUUAAAGAUGUCCUCUUUAGACCCAAGAGGAGCAGCCUGAAGAGUCGCUCAGAGGUGGACCUUCAGAGGACCUUCACAUUCCGCAACUCUAAACAGACAUACACCGGCAUCCCCAUCAUCGCUGCCAACAUGGACACCACAGGGACGUUUGAGAUGGCACAGGUCCUCAGCAAACACACCCUGUUCACAGCCAUUCAUAAACACUACUCUGUAGAGGACUGGAAAAACUUUGCCUCUAACCAUCCAGAAUGUGUGGAGCACGUAGCUGCCAGUUCAGGAAGUGGAGUGGCAGAUCUGGAGAGGCUGUGUGCCAUCUUGGAAGCUGUCCCUGCCAUAAAGUACAUCUGUUUGGAUGUGGCCAACGGCUACUCCGAGUACUUUGUGGAGUUUGUCAAAACGGUCAGAGAAAAGUUCCCUAAGCAUACGAUCAUGGCUGGUAACGUGGUAACAGGGGAGAUGGUGGAGGAGCUCAUCCUCUCCGGUGCGGACAUCAUCAAAGUGGGCAUCGGGCCAGGGUCCGUGUGCACUACUAGGAUCAAGACAGGAGUGGGCUACCCACAGCUCAGUGCUGUAAUCGAGUGUGCAGACUCAGCCCAUGGACUCAAAGGACACAUUAUCUCUGACGGCGGCUGCAGUUGCCCAGGAGAUGUAGCAAAGGCCUUUGGUGCAGGGGCUGACUUUGUGAUGAUGGGAGGAAUGCUGGCAGGCCACGACCAGUGCACCGGAGAGGUCAUUGAGAAGAACGGCAAGAUGGUCAAACUCUUCUACGGCAUGAGCUCUGACACCGCCAUGAAGAAAUAUGUGGGUGGAGUUGCUGAGUAUAGGGCGUCUGAGGGGAGGACAGUGGAGGUUCCCUACAGAGGAGAUGUGAACAACACCAUCCUGGAUGUGCUGGGGGGCCUCCGCUCCACCUGCACCUACGUGGGCGCCGCCAAGCUCAAAGAGCUGAGCAGGAGAACCACCUUCAUUCGUGUCACACAACAGUCCAGCCAAAUGUUCAUCUCAUAGGGUGUACUCGUGUACACACGCGCACGUGCACGCGCGCGCACACACACACACACACAGGUUGCAUAGUAUGCACUGUGUGGGUAUUUAAACGUGCAAUAGUGGGACAGUGGUGUAACACAUACAGGAGACACGACACACACUCACACCGACUCUUCUACAUGAUCACAUCAACUUCUCUCAGGAUAUCUGCCAUCAGAAAGCUGUUAGUUUCCUGCAGGAUGUGAUUAAAAUAAACCCAAAUUUUGACAAUAAUUCUCCAAGACGAAUAGAAGCAACUUAAUCCUACAUCGAGUGCGUUUACAUGAGCACUUCAGAUCUGAUAUUUUAAAAUAUUCUUUUAACCUUAGCAUAAUGUAGUAGUCGGGAUAUUUUAAGAUUAACAGCGUAUACGGAAUAAACAAGAAUGUUAGCUAUGUGAAAAACGUUGCAUGUAAAUACACUCGGCAGGAGGAAGCUGACACUCACUCUAAGAUCAUUUGGGGAAACCGUUCUGAUAAACUGUACUGUAUGAUACAAUGAAUGUGCAAAUGAAUAUGCAAGACCCAGAGUUGUCACCCUUUAACUUUCACUGGAGAAAUCAUGCCGCAAUAAACUGCAUGCAGUACCCUCUGCUAUAAUGUGUUUCCCUGAGGAUUGACAACAUAAUAGUUGAUCUCUCCCAAGUGUCUGUGUGCAUGUAUUUUGGGAGUGUCAGGAAUAUUGAGCCAAAUCUUGACAUCUGGAUUUAGGUGUCCCAAACGUUUGACAUGUUUGAUUUACCCUGCUGUGUAUAAAACUGUCUCGUCUAAGUCCUCUUCUUUGAUUCCACUGUGCCUGACAUUUAAAACCCAGGGCGUCUUGUGGCUUAUACCUCAUUGAUGCUCUUGUAUUUUACGCAAGGAACUUCAGGGAAAGUCAUGUAAAGAGAUGACAUGUUUAAACACUAAUAAAUGAAACAUCUAAAAUA